AUGGCGGCCGGCACGCGCUCCGCGGCCGGACCCCGGUCCCGAGAAACUAUGGCCCAGUGGAAGAAAAAGAAGGGGCUCCGCAAACGCCGGGGCGCGGCUUCCCAGGCCCGCGGCAGCGACUCGGAGGACGGCGAGUUUGAGAUUCAGGCGGAAGACGAUGCCCGGGCCCAGAAGCUGGGCCCUGGCAGACCCCUGCCCACCUUCCCCACCUCGGAAUGCACUUCGGAUGUGGAGCCGGACACUCGGGAGAUGGUGCGAGCCCAGAACAAGAAGAAGAAGAAAUCAGGAGGCUUCCAGUCCAUGGGCUUGAGCUACCCCGUGUUCAGAGGCAUCAUGAAGAAGGGCUACAAGGUGCCAACGCCCAUCCAGAGGAAGACCAUCCCAGUGAUCCUGGAUGGCAAGGACGUGGUGGCCAUGGCCCGCACGGGCAGCGGCAAGACGGCCUGCUUCCUCAUCCCCAUGUUUGAGCGGCUCAAAGCCCGCAGUGCCCAGACCGGGGCCCGCGCCCUCAUCCUCUCGCCCACCCGGGAGCUGGCCCUGCAGACCAUGAAGUUCACCAAGGAGCUGGGCAAAUUUACAGGCCUCAAGACUGCCUUGAUCCUGGGCGGGGACAAAAUGGAAGACCAGUUUGCGGCCCUGCAUGAAAAUCCUGACAUAAUCAUUGCUACCCCGGGGCGGCUGGUGCACGUGGCUGUGGAGAUGAACCUGAAGCUACAGAGCGUGGAGUACGUGGUGUUUGACGAGGCGGACAGGCUCUUUGAAAUGGGCUUCGCAGAGCAGCUUCAGGAAAUCAUCGGCCGCCUGCCCGGGGGCCACCAGACGGUGUUGGUCUCCGCCACGCUGCCCAAGUUGCUGGUGGAGUUUGCCCGGGCUGGCCUCACGGAGCCCUCGCUCAUCCGGCUGGACGUGGACACCAAACUCAACGAGCAGCUCAAGACCGCCUUCUUCCACGUGCGUGAGGACGCCAAGCCCGCCAUGCUGCUGUACCUCCUGCGCAGCAUGGUGAGACCGCAGGACCAGACAGUAGUGUUUGUGGCCACGAAGCACCACGCUGAGUACCUCACAGAGCUGCUGACGGCCCAGCGGGUGAGCUGCGCCCACAUCUACAGCGCCCUGGACCAGACAGCCCGCAAGAUCAACCUGGCCAGGUUCACGCACGGCAAGUGCUCGGCCCUCAUCGUGACUGACCUGGCGGCCCGCGGCCUGGACAUCCCGCUGCUGGACAACGUCAUCAACUACAGCUUCCCUGCCAAGGGCAAGCUCUUCCUGCACCGUGUGGGUCGUGUGGCCCGGGCCGGCCGAAGUGGCACAGCCUACUCCUUGGUGGCCCCAGACGAGGUCCCCUACCUGCUGGACCUGCACCUGUUCCUGGGUCGUGCCCUCAGCCUUGCCUGCCCCCACAAGGAGGCCUCAGACACGGCUGGCGUGGAUGGCGUGCUGGGCCGGGUGCCGCAGAGCGUGGUGGACGAUGAGGACUGCGGCCUGCGGAGCACGCUGGAGGCGUCGCUGGAGCUGCGGGGCCUGGGCCGCGUCGCCCACAAUGCCCAGCAGCAGUAUGUGCGCUCAAGGCCGGCGCCCUCACCUGAGUCCAUCAAGAGGGCCAAGGCGCUGGACCUCACAGGGCUGGGCCUGCACCCACUCUUCAGCUCGCGCUUUGAGGAACGGGAGCUGCAGAGGCUGCGGCUGGUGGACAGCAUCAAGAAGUACCGCUCGCGGGCGACCAUCUUUGAGAUCAACGCCUCCACCCGGGACCCAAGCAGCCAGGUGAUGCGCGCCAAGCGGCAGAAGGACCGCAAGGCCAUCGCUAGCUUCCAGCAGGGGCGGCAGAAAGGUCCGGCCAAGCCAGCCCCCAGCAGCCUUGCCCUGGUGGAAGAGCAGCUCAGCAGAGAGGAAGAGGAGACCAGAGAGAGUGUGGAGGACGUCUUUGCAGAGGUUGUGGGCCAGAAGCGGCGGCGGCGGCUGGACCCUGACAGGGGAGUCAAGAGGCGGCGGGCAGAAUGCCGACAGCAGGAUCAGGAUUUCUACGUGCCCUACCGGCCCAAGGACUUCGACAGUGAGCGCGGCCUGAGCAUCGGGGACGGCGGGGCCUUCGAGCAGCAGGUGGCCGGGGCCGUCCUGGACCUGAUGGGGGAUGAAGCCCAGAACCUGACCCGGAGCCGCCAGCAGCUCAAGUGGUGAGUGAGCUGGGUGCUGACCCUUGGCGGUGGUGUCCUGACCCCCUUUCCACCCCCAGAAGCAGGCUCUGCCUGCCUGUCCCCUUGAGAUCAUACACAACAGGGCUACCAGAAGUGGAAACAGAAACACAAGAUCGAUGAUCGUGACCCGGAGGAGGAGGGUCCGUCUGAGCGGCGAGGCCCCGAGCGAAGACGUGGGAAGUGGGGCCGCAGCCAAGGUGCGUCCCAGCCCCGCACCCCGGGCACAGUCCCAGGCCACGUGCGCUCAGAGCUCAAGACCAAGCAGCAGAUCCUGAAGCAGCGGCGCCGCGCCCAGAAGAUGCGCUUCCUGCAGCGCGGGGGCCUCAAGCAGCUCUCGGCCCGCAACCGCCAUCGGGCCCAGGAGCUACGACGGGGCGCCUUCGGCCGGGGCACCCAGUCCAAGAAGGGCAAGAUGAGGAAGAGGAUGUGA